AUGGCGCAGGACGGGCAGCAAAAUCCAGAUCUUGCCGCCAUCUUGGCCACGCUCGCAAGCCUGCCUAAGCCGGAGGCUCAGCCGUACCAGGAACAACAAGCGUAUGAACAGAAUCAUAGUUACCAAGGGUAUCAGGACCCCCAGCAAAGCUAUCAACACGAGCAAACCCAUCAAUACCAACCGCCACCUGACCCCCGUCUUGCUGGUCGUCCAGCGCCCCAGCACCGACAACCACCUCCCAAGCCUCAAGACCGGGUCUCUUCCCCACUCAUCGAUCCCUCAACCAUUAUAGAAUGGAAGCAGGGUCUCCGUUGCGUGAGCAAGAUUGCUGCACAAAACCCCGAUUUUGCUCCCGCUGUUCGCAAGUUGAUGAAAGACCAAGAAGCCAACGUCAAAUCCUGGGAAGCCGGCCGCAAGAAACUCAUCGAAGAACAAAAGUUUCAGCGCGAGAAUGAGCGCACGCAUCGAGCUGCUCUGUCACUACCUGGCUUGCUAGAAGGCACAGCACUCCUCCGCACCCCCGAGCGCGAAAAAGAAGAACUAGACCAAUACGACGCAAAAGUGUAUCGCGCCUGCAAAGCAAUGGUCGACUCACAGUCUUCAUCGCUCAAAGUCCUCGGCGUUCCUUUUUUCGGUGUCAAACCAUAUCUAGUGCUAGGGGCAAGUUAUGAUCCUAUGGAAGUUGUGGAUUCAUCAACGGUGGCUGUGGGAGGAGGGGGCAAGAUUACGAAGGAGAGGCUGUUGGAGCUGCAGAGGAAGAUGCUGAAUCAUCUUAUGGAGUUGUAUGGGGAUUGA